AUGGCUUCAUAUUUCGAUGAUCACGGUGUGAAUGAACUGUCAGAAAACCUGACAUCAGACGAACUUCCUUUGGUGAUGGCAAGAAUAUUACUUCGUUUUGGUUUUGCUGAUGACAUAUGGCUAACAACAAUGGGAAGUGAUGGUUUGGGACCUUACCCUACAGCCAAAAAGGUAAUUGAGGAAUUGCCAACUCAGAUAAUAACAAAAGAAGAAGCAGAGAAAAAAAAUACAUGCUCAGUAUGUCUUGGGCAUUUAGAAGAGGACAAUGAAGUAAAAACAUUGUUAUGCAAACACCAGUUUCACACUAAAUGUAUUCUGCCAUGGUUGGAAAAGGUAAAUACAUGUCCAGUUUGCAGAGAAGAAUUUGCUACUGAUGACCCUGCAUAUGAAGAAUUCAGAAAAUACAAAGCUCGUAAGAAGCAACGAGAUUUUGAACUGGAUAAUUUGCACAACUCCAUGUUUGGCUAA